AUGGACCUUCUUGGCAUCCCCUCCUCAGACUCUCGUCCUCAAGGGAGAUCUUGGAGCGACCCCGGCAGGCGAUGUAUCAAAAGCUCACAAGAAGAAGGAAGGGCCACGGUGGAGGGUAUGUGGCAUUCAGCUGACGACACUAUUAUCCAGAACUCAGCAGCGACACAGGUACAUUGCCCUCCCCCAGUGCCACCUCCCAGUGCCAUCCCCCAGUGCCAUCCCCAGUGCCAUCCCCCAGUGCCCUCCCCCAGUGCCCUCCCCCAGUGCCCUCCCCCAGUGCCAUCCCCCAGUGCCAUCCCCCAGUGCCCUCCCCCAGUGCCAUCCCCCAGUGCCAUCCCCCAGUGCCAUCCGCCAGUGCUGCACCUCGCUCAGGCCCACGGCACCAAAGGAGCUUACUCUCUAUUCUUUCGGCCUUAUAUUUGCCCUCCCCCCCCAGUGCCAUCCCCCAGUGCACCCCCCCCGUGCCACCCCCAGGGGCCCUCCCCCAGUGCCAUCCUCCAGUGCCAUCCCCCAGUGCCCUCCCCAGGCCCUCCCCCAGUACCAUCCCCCAGUGCCAUCCCCCAGUGCCAUCCGCCCGUGCUGCACCUCGCUCAGGCCCACGGCACCAAAGGAGCUUACUCCCCUUUUCUUUCGGCCUUAUAUUGUUUUUAUACUUAA